CGGAAAAUCUCCUGAACCUGGAGAUGCCGUGCUGUGUGUGACGGCAAGCCAGGACAAACACAGGAAAGGAGACCGAGCGAACAUCCUCAGCGCUCACAAGUCGUCCGUCCACAUCUGCGUUUGCAUGGAGAAAGAGGCACAACAUCGCGUCUGCGAGCAGCGGCUCCGGGGGGAUGUUUAAAAAUUUACAGCCGCCCACCUUUCCCCCCCCCACAUCCCUCCAUCUUAUUCCAUGUUAAAUAGAUUUUAACACAGAUUUAACCCGUUGCUGGAUCCGCAUCCGAUCGUCCAUCCUCCAUCCAUGUGGCCAUGAAUUCGGCGGAGCAGACGGUGACAUGGCUCAUUACGCUGGGGGUCCUGGAAUCGCCGAAAAAGAGCAUUUCGGACCCAGAAGGAUUUUUGCAGACGUCUCUGAAAGAUGGGGUGGUGCUCUGCAAGCUACUUGAACGACUGCGACCGGGUUUCCGUUUCGUCGAGAAAAUUUACCAGGAGCCGAGGAGCGACGCUGAGCGCUUGGGCAACAUCAGGGAGUUCGUGAAAGGCUGCGCUUCGUUCCGCGUCGAGACUUUUGAGGUCAAUGACCUGUUCCUGGGCCAGAACUUCAGCAAGGUGCUGAAUUCCCUAGUGGCACUGAACAAAGCGACUGCAGACAUUGGCGUGGGCAGCGACUCUGCAUGCACGCGCCACUCCACCUCCCACCGAAUCAAGUCUUUUGACUCACUGGGCUCCCAGACCACCUCUGGUAGAACCUCCACGCUCCUGCAGAACCGCAGCCUGGACAUGACGGAGAACAGCUUCCCUCAGGCAGCGGUGAAGGCCCGCUUCAACUUCCAGCAGACCAAUGAGGACGAGCUCUCUUUCACCAAGGGUGACAUCAUCCAUGUCACGCGCAUGGAAGAGGGUGGCUGGUGGGAGGGCGUCUUCAACGGCAAGACGGGCUGGUUCCCUAGCAACUAUGUCCGAGAGGUGAAAGGCAGCGAAAAGCCACUGUCUCCUAAAUCGGGAACUCUCAAAAGCCCCCCAAAAGGGUUUGACACGUCUGCCAUCAGCAAGACCUACUACAAUUUGGUGCUUCAGAACAUUCUAGAAACUGAGACAGAAUAUUCCAAAGAGCUUCAGAAUCUGCUGUCAAACUACCUGCGUUCACUACAAAGUACAGAGAAGCUAAGCAACUCAGACAUCGCUCACAUCCUGGGGAACCUGGAAGAGAUCAACACCUUCCAGCAAAUGCUGGUCCAGUCUCUGGAGGAAUGCACAAAACUUCCGGAAAGCCAGCAGAGGGUCGGGGGGUUUUUCCUCAACCUCAUGCCCCAGAUGAAGGGGCUGUAUGUAGCAUAUUGUGCCAACCAUCCAUGUGCAGUGAAUGUCCUCACGGAGCACAGCGAGGAGCUGGGCGAGUUCAUGGAGGGCAAAGGAGCCAGCAAUCCCGGCAUCCUCACUCUGACCAUGGGCCUCAGCAAGCCUUUCACAAGGCUGGAGAAGUACCCAACACUGUUAAAGGAACUGGAGAGGCACAUGGAGGACUUUCACCUAGACCGGCCGGACAUCCAGAAGUGUAUGACAUCAUUCAAAAACCUCUCCGCACAGUGUCAGGAGGUACGCAAGCGGAAGGAGCUAGAGCUGCAGAUCCUGACGGAAACCAUCCGAUGCUGGGAGGGUGAUGACAUCAAGACGCUGGGCUCAGUUCUCUACAUGUCCCAGGUCAUGAUCCAGAGCCAUGGCAGCGAGGAGAGGAAGGAGCGCUACCUCCUGAUGUUCCCCCACGUGCUCCUCAUGCUCUCUGCCAGUCCCAGGAUGAGCGGCUUCAUUUACCAGGGAAAGCUGCCACUGACGGGAAUGUCAAUUAUGAAGCUGGACGACAGUGAAAAUCACAAAAAUGCCUUUGAAAUAUCAGGGAGCAUGAUCGAGAGGAUCCAGGUGGCGUGCAACAGUCAGCAGGACUUGCAAGACUGGGUUGACCACCUACAUCGGCAGACGAAGCACGUCACCAUGGGAACGCCCACUGCAAAGCCAUCCCCUGUCCCUUUCCACACUCUCCCCUCGCACCCCAUCACCCCAUCCAGACACUCUGAGAGCCGGAACACAGCGGUGGCCCCUGCCUACCAUACGCUGCCACAUCCCUCUUCACAUGGCACCCCCCACAGCACUAUGAUGUGGGGCCCUUUGGAGCCACCUAAGACCCAGAAGCCAUGGAGCCUGAGCUGCCUACGGCCGGCGCCACCCCUGCGGCCCUCGGCUGCUCUCUGCUACAAGGAGGAUCUCAGCAAAAGCCCCAAGAGCAUGAAGAAGCUGCUCCCCAAGCGUAAACCAGAGAGGAAGCCCUCCGACGAAGACUUUGCUCUGAGGAAAAGCACCGCUGCACUGGAGGAGGACGCACAGAUUCUGAAAGUGAUCGAGGCUUAUUGCACAAGUGCCAAAACGCGCCAGACGCUUAAUUCAACUUGGCAGGGUACUGAUCUGAUGCACAAUCAUGUGCUGGCUGAUGAUGAGCAGUCCAGUGUGGACUCUCUGGGUCGCCGCAGCAGCCUGUCCCGGCCGGACGCAACCUCUGACCUCUCGGAAGACUCUGACUAUGACAGUAUAUGGACAGCCCACAGUUACAGAAUGGGUUCCUCAUCCCGAUCUAGGAAGGAGUCUGGACCUCAUAUGCUAUUCCCUGAGGAAGAGAAGAUCAUUGUGGAAGAGACCAAGAGUAACGGUCAGACUGUGAUUGAGGAGAAGAGUCUUGUUGACACAGUUUAUGCUUUGAAAGAUGAAGUACAGGAACUGAAACUGGACAAUAAGAAGAUGAAGAAGACGUUGGAGGAGGAACAGAGAGCCUGGAAAGAGCUGGAGAAGAUCGUAAGAAAAGUAUUAAAGAACAUGAAUGACCCAUCAUGGGAUGAGACUAAUUUAUAAGGAGGUCCUCCUCAUUUCCAAUUUUGUUUUUUUUUUUUUUUUUCCUCCCUGGACUUAUUUCUGACAUUUCAUUUUUGCAUCCCAGUGUUAACACUUGCAGAAUAUGAGGUGGGACCAGAACAUUAAUCAGAACACUACAAAUCACAGGGAAAUUCUGUAGUUCAGACUGAGUUGGAACCUGGUGAAAAGGCUGAUUCUACAGAUCUAACUUCUGAGGUGAACUAGACUACUGUGUCUAGGUCAGUGGCUCUUGGAGAUUGGUAGACUUGAAUGCACCCACCCUGACCCAUUGCAUCGUAAUGUGUCAUUCAGUGUGUUUUGGCGAAAUGUUGAGGAGAAACUGCCUCUCACUGUUACCAAUUUUGUCCCCCGUAUUCAUACCACGCUUCUCUGUAGUAAAGAAUAACAGGACUGUGUACUUCAUUCUGCUGCUGGGAGCACAACGGCUUCUCUGUCAAUCUUCUUGUGAUUCGGAAGAUUCGGGGAGGUUGCUGUGGCUUUAUGGGAUGCAUGAUGUAUUCACUGCCUUCUCUGCCUGGUCACGCUGAAAGCCCAGCCAGGGUCUUAUAGCCAACAUUAGUGGGUAACAUGCUUUUUAUUUAACUUUGUAACUGUUCUCCCAACAGAAACACAGCAAUACAACUUAAAUACUGGAAACACUUCAGGUUAAACUUAUACAGGCAAAUCUUUUUGGAGCCGUUUAAGAUUACCUCAUUUUUUUUUGUACCUCGUUUCGGGAGGGUGGGGGGGGGCUAACUGUACACUUGUUUGUUUUUUUUGUUUUUACUUUCGUAGGGGACAGGCACAUAAAUGUAUCUUUAUACUGUAAAGUACUCUGGGAGAUGUGCUUUUACACAUGGGUUUCCUAUAAUUCCUUGCAUUUCUGCCAGUCUUAAGCUUUUAUACACAGCUUUCAAAUUCCCUCACUAUUGUGGGCAGUAAAGGACCUUGCUCACAGCAUACAAACUUAACACUAAUGCUAAGCCACUUACUAUACAUUUUUAAGAGUUUUCUAUUUGUUUAAGUUAUGUAUUUAAAUGAGACUGUACGAUGAGGACUUCCUCAUCUUCCGUUGUCCGGUGAAAGUGUCAGCAGAAUACUGCUCUAAGACCACUAUUUAUUUUUCCUCUCCUCACUUGCUAAUUUGUAUCGUGAAUUAAGCUUGUAAAUAAAGUCCUGUUUUUGUUG